CACUCCCGUAAUCCGCGAUCCCCCGUAAUCCGCGACCCCCCACUCCCGUAAUCCGCGAUCCCCCACUCCCGUAAUCCGCGUCCCCCCACUCCCGUAAUCCGCGACCCCCCACUCCCGUAAUCCGCGACCCCCCGCUCCCGUGAUCUUCGAUCCCAUUAACCGCGAUUCUAUGAACAGCGACCCCAUUCCUGUAAUCCGCGAUCCCAUUAACAGCGACCCCACUCCCGUAAUCUGCAAACCCAUUAACUGCGAAUUUACUAACAGCGACCCCACUCCCGUAAUCCGCGAUCCCAUUAACCGCGAUCCCAUUAACAGCAACCCCACUCCCGUAAUCCGCGAUCCCAUAAACCGCGAUCCCAUUAACAGCAACCGCGCUCCCGUAAUCCCCGAUUCCUGUGUCUGUGCUCGCGUUACCCACGAUCCCAUUGAUGUCAACUAAAUUCGUAUAGUGACCGCGUGCAUCCACGACGCCGAUAUCUCAUUUUCCACGUUGACUUAAUCGUUACACUGGAUUCCUUCAUCAGCAUGACGAACCGUGACCCGAUUAUCCGUGAUCCCUUUAUCAGUAUUUAACCUAUCAGUAUUCCCUGCCACCCGGUAAUCCGUUUGGUCUCGAUCGCGUUAUCUGCACACCCUGCUUGCGGUCCCAUCAUCUUCGCCGAUUGGCGACCCGCAUAUCCGCACUCUGUAUCCGCACUCCCGUGUCUGCUCAUGGAGCCUCUGUCUGUACAGGGGAAGGCCGAGGCACGGGACGCCCGGUCACCUGGUGCCACGGAAUCCGAGUCCCUGGGGUCUGGAGUGGUGGUGUACGAGUCCGUGGCUUCUGAGUCCGUGGCUUCUGAGUCCGUGGCCUCCGAGCCCGUGGCUUCCGAGCGGAAUGCAUGCGGCGAAUGCCGCAAGGAGUUUGCGAGCAAGCGCUCGCUCCGCGUCCACGCCAAGCGAAUGCACGCGCUGCAGCGGCCCUACCUCUGCCAGCUGUGUGGCAAGGGCUUCAUGAAGCCCUCCACCCUCAGGGAGCACAAGCAGGCGCACUCGGGCGUGCGCCCGUUCGCCUGCGAGCGUUGCGGCCUCCGCUUCCUGCUCAAGCACCACCUCGGGGCUCACGCGGCCACGCACGCGGCCGUCCGCCCGCACGUCUGCGCCGCCUGCGGCCUGGCCUUCGCGCUGCCCGCCGGCUUGCGCAAGCACCGACGCGUGCACACGGGCGAGCGCCCGCACGCCUGCGAGCUGUGCGGCCGGCGCUUCGCCCUCGCCGGCGCCCUGCGCGCGCACCGGCGGACGCACGACGCCGGCGCCGCCUCUGCCUCCGUUCCGGCAGAAAAACUCCACAUGUGCGAGGAGUGCGGCCGGCUGUUCGCCGACGCGGCGCGCUUGCGGCGGCACCAGCGCGCGCACACCGGGGAGAAGCCGUUCGGGUGCGCCGAGUGCGGCCGCCGGUUUUCCCGACGGGCCUACCUCCGCAGGCACCGGGCGACGCACGCCGUCGCCGCCCCCCCCUCGCCGGCGCCACCGUGCGGGGCCUGCGCCGCUUUGCCCGAGCCGCGCCCUCCCUGCCGGCACGGCCGCGCGAGCGAGCGCCGACACGCCUGCGAGCGGUGCGGAGAGCGCUUCUUCCUGCCGCAUCACCUGCGGGCGCACCGGCGCGUCCACACCGGGGAGAAGCCGCACGAGUGCGAACGCUGCGGGCGCCGGUUCUCCGGCCGCCACCACCUGGACGCUCACCGGCGCACGCACACCGGCGAGCGUCCCCACGUCUGCGCCGAGUGCGGUCGGGCGUUCGCGCAGCCCGCCGGUCUCGCCAAGCACCGGCGCGCGCACGCCGGGGAGAAGCCGUUCGAGUGCGCCGUGUGCCGGCGCCGGUUCGCCAGCCGGCACCACCUGGCAGAACACGCGCGCACGCACACCGGCGGAAAGCCGUUCGAGUGCGCCGACUGCGGCAACGCCUACGCACAGAGCAGCGGCCUCCGCAAACACCGGCGCCAGCACUCGGCCGGCGGUGUCGGCACACGGCCGUUCCUGUGCGACGAGUGCGGCUUGGCGUUCGGCCGGCGCGCCGCCCUGCUGCGCCACCAGGAGGGACACCGCCACGGAGACGCGGGGAAGGCACCGGCGGGAACAGUGGCGCUGGAGGCUGCGGUGGAGGCUGCGGGAGAUUUUCUCGACGGCGGUCCCGGUGAUACGCGGCCGUGAGUCGGCGAACGUCGGGGUCGUGGAGAGAAUCGGGUUCCGGUGGGGUUGGUGAAUUUUGCAGAGAUUGCGUUGCGUGGUGUGCGACUCUGAAGCUGCGUGGCUGUGAAGUAUCCCUUCGACGGCAGUGCUACGAUGGGCUCACUGCUGUAAUCAAUAAAAACUUGUUAUCCAUA